ACCACAAAAAAAAAUUAAAAUUAAAUCAAUCCCUUUAACACUAUUGUUGUAUGAAUUUGACAAUAGGAAAAUCAACAUGGAAUGUGCAACCCAAAAAUGUUCCAAAUCAAACAUUAAACUUGUCAUCAUAGAGAAAAACACCACAAACCACAAAUCAACCUCGUUAAUUGUCACAAUACUAACAAAAUUUCAUGCAGGUUAUUUCAGAAUUAGUCUCUCACUUGGUGGCCAAGCAUUACUAUGGAAAACACUAAUAAUUGAACCAACAAAAGACACAAACACUUUAAGACACAUGUUUCACAUGCUACCUUCCUCUGUUUUCAUUGUACUAUGGUCUGUGUCUCUUUUCAUACUCACAUUACUCUCAAUUCUUUACCUCUUAAGAUGUUUAUAUUUCUUUAAGAUGGUAAAAUCUGAAUUCUUACAUCAUGUAGGAGUUAACUAUCUUUUCGCUCCAUCAAUUUCAUGGUUUCUAUUACUUCAAUCAGCACCAUUUAUAGCACCAAAAACAAUUACUUAUUUAAUUCUCUGGUGGUUAUUCGCGGUUCCGGUGGUUGUCCUUGAUGUUAAAAUCUACGGUCAGUGGUUUACUAAAGGGAAAAGAUUUUUAACAACGGUUGCGAAUCCAACAAGUCAGCUAACGGUUAUAGGAAAUUUAGUUGGAGCACACGCGGCGGCACGAAUGGAUUGGAAAGAAAGUGCUGUUUGUUUGUUUUCAUUAGGGAUGGUACAUUAUUUGGUGUUGUUUGUAACACUUUAUCAAAGGUUGUCUGGUGGUGAUCGUCUUCCUGUGUUGUUAAGGCCAGUUUUCUUCUUGUUCUUUGCAGCACCUGGUGUUGCUAGUUUGGCUUGGGAAUCUAUUGUUGGAGAUUUUGAUACCUUUUCCAAGAUGCUAUUCUUUUUGUCUCUAUUCCUCUUCAUAUCACUGGUUUGCAGGCCAGCCCUAUUCAAGAGAUCUAUGAGAAGGUUUAAUGUUGCAUGGUGGGCUUACUCAUUUCCAGUUACCGUGCUAGCUAUGGCUUCUACAAAUUAUGCACAACAAGUUAAAGGGACUGUUUCACACAUCAUAAUGCUCAUUUUCUUGGCACUUUCUGUUUUGGUCUCUUUUUCUCUCACGGUCUUCACUUUGAUUAACUCUAAGAUGCUUCUACCAGAUAACGAUCAUCCCACUGCAAGCUUGCUUAUUGUUUAAUUCUCUUAUUACCAUAUCCCUAAUCAAUGAUUAAAUACUUCAUUUAAUCUUGAUUCAAGUUGUUUAUUUAUUAUAAAGUUGAGGCAUGCUUUUGUACAAAAGAAAAAUAAUGUAAUGAAAUUAGUCAA